AUGUUGACCAUGGUCGCCUUAUCUCCCAGACUCCUUCGAGUCAUCUUUGUGCUGGUCUCAUUUUUACUUGGAUACGUGACUCUGUCACAGCUCCCCAGCACCUCGACUGCUUCAAGUCGCAUCGGGUCAACGUUCAGUUUUGUGCACGGGAAGGAAGUCGACUGGUCGCGAUUUGCAUACACACAAUAUGCCACGGAUAGAUCUUAUCUUUGCAACUCCUUAAUGAUCUUUGAAGCUCUUCAUCGCCUUGGAAGCAAACCCGAUCGUGUACUCUUGUACGCAUCCGAAUUCACUUCACCCCAGAACCAUGACUCAAAAGAAAGCCGCAUGCUUCGUUUUGCGCGUGAUAACUACGGAGUGAAGCUCAAGCCUAUCCAAGUUCAGUUACGAGGAGGCAACGGUGCGCCUUGGGCGAAGAGCUACACCAAAUUACUCGCUUUCAACCAAACCGAAUAUGAUCGCGUUUUGAACCUAGACUCUGACGCCACGAUUUCGCAGGUAAUUCGACCCAUGGAUGAAUUAUUCUUGGCUCCAUCAAACUCCGUGGCAAUGCCAAGGGCUUACUGGGCAAACCCAACAGACAAGCUGUUUACAUCUGCUGUGAUUCUUAUUGAGCCUUCCAAGGAUGAUUUCACGCACAUGAUGGAAGCGAUCUCUGAAGCAAACUCUAGCACAACAUUUGAUAUGGAGAUUAUGAAUCAGAUCUACGGCGACACUGCACAAACCAUUCCGCACCGUCCAUACAUUCUUCUCAGUGGUGAGCUGCGCUCUGAUGCCCAUUUUGCCUAUCUCGGAAAUCCGAAGGAAGUAUGGGAUGCCGAGAGAAUUCUUCAAGAAGCCAAAUAUGUGCACUUUUCCGACUGGCCUGUUCCCAAGCCCUGGAUUGAGGCCGGCAAGACAGUAGUUGAAAAGGCACAACCGCCUUGUGCAUUCGACCCAUCAACUGGACGCCAAGAUGACUGCCAUACUCGAAAUCUUUGGCUGGGGCUGUACGAAGACUUCAGACUGAGGCGCAAGGUAUUAAAUUCCUUUCCUUCUAGACCUACGGAUUUAGAAGCAUGCUAA